AGCGCCGAGGAGGGGUCCGCCGAGGGCGCCUACGAGCUGAGCCUGCUCUACGCCCACGGCAAGGGCACGAACCAGGACAAGGCCAUGGCCAAGAAGUGGCUCAUCCUCGCCGCGGAGCGCGGCUCGACGAAGGCCCAGCUCUUCAUCGCCAACCUCUACACCAAGGGCGGCGGCGGCUUCGAGAAGGACGAGGCCAAGGCGUUCACCUACAUCUCCAAGGCCGCCGACGCGGGCAGCGCCGAGGCGCACCGCCAGCUCGGCGUGCGCUACAUGUACGGCAGCGGCGUCGCCAAGGACCUCGACGCCGCCGUCGCGUCCCUCGAGAAGGCCGCGUCGCUCGGCGCCGAUAACGCGACCGACUACCUCGAGGAG